AUGGCCGACACCGCUCGACGAAACGACCUCCGUGGGUUCGCCAUCGUUGCCCAAGAGGCCCUGCGGUGGGCAGAUAUGGCAGAAGCCAUGCGCACGCUGGUCGUCGAGACGCAGGCGCUCGAACGCGACGAGCAGGAGCUGCUUGCGCUGGCCUACCGGAACCUGCUGCAGCCCAUCCGCAGCGCAUGGCACACCAUCACCUCCCUCCUGCCCUCGCCCGACCACCCCAACCCCUGCGCACUCGUCGGAGGUGGUGGCAAGGAGGCCGCGAUCAGGCGGUAUCGGGAAAAGCUCGAGGCCGAUGUGCUGGGCGUGUGCGAGGAGGUCAUCGCCCUUCUCCAACCGCUCCAGGUCGCUUCCAGACACGAUGCCGCCUCACUCGUCUUUCUGCACAAAAUGGCGGGCGACUACCACCGCUACAUGGCGGAGGUGACCACGGGCGCGGAGCGAGCCCGCGCCGAGGAGAACGCCAUCAGCGCCUACGUGGCCGGAUCGGCGCUGGCCAAGCGGGUCCUGGCCGGCAGUGCCCCGCUGCGGCUUGGGCUGGCGCUCAACUACUCCGUCCUCUGCCACCACCACCUCGACCAACUCGCCCAGGCCAUCGCCAUCGCCCAGGCGGCGGUGGAGGCGGCGGAAGUAGGGCUGGCGGGGCUCUCGCGGGAGGACAGGGAGGACAGCGGCUCGAAGCGGGGCCUGCUGGUGUCCAAUCUCAAGGAGUGGCGGGCCGAGCAGCGCCGGCGGCAACAACAGGCGGAGGCCGAGUCCAAGAAGCAGGCGCUGGUCGCCGCAGCGCUGCGCGAUGCCGAGGACCAACCUCAGACUAAGAGCGACUACGAGUGCUACGACGACGACGACAACAAGGAAAACGAGUCCUGGAGAAGUCGCGAUUUUGACGGCAUCGACCUGCUUCCGCCGAGUCUC